GUGUGGUAAUAGUAUGUAUGACAGCCAUGCUGGUCUAUGCGGAGCAGCCCCUGUUCACCCAGGUGACGUGGUGGUCCGUGCUGCUCGUGUGUUUCUGUGCUGCCGUCAUCCUCGGAAUCAUCAACAUCAUCUGGGUCCAGCCACAGAGCACCAUGGGACUCAAGUUCAAGGUCCCAGCCCUCCCCCUGCUGCCCAUCCUCAGCAUGUUUGUGAACAUCUACCUGAUGAUGAAACUGUCAGCGCCCACGUGGAUCCGCUUCGCUGUCUGGAUGGCUGUGGGGUUCGUGAUUUACUUCGGUUACGGCAUGUGGCACAGCUCGGAACACCUGCGCAAACAGGAGAGUCUCUCCCUCGCACGGCAACAGGCCAACCACACCCGGCAACGCGAGCACAGAAGCUCCAGCUCUGAAACGAAGAAGCUUGCAGCUUCCAAUGGAGUAUACGGUGCAGUGCAAACUCAUGGUGACUAACACGGUCUUUUCAACAAAAACCCUCAACUUGCUUACUAAUAGGUAGCUGCUCGACACCAAAUGAAUUAUAGGGUUAGGUAGCAGUGAGGACGUAACUUUUUGCAGAAAACCUGACUACAAGUGUUCUUCGUAUUAGACUUUAAAAUGUUUUUGAAUAAACUUUAAGAUAAGAAAUAUUUUAAGCACUUGAAAUAUCUUGUUUUAUCAAAAUCCACAGGGGAAAACUGCAGAGAAUGCCUUUGGCUCUUUAAUGUUUUUAUUCUAUAAGGUUGUCAUAGGUCCAAUA